GUCUCUUUUGUAAAUUUCUUAUAAUCAGAAGGGUAGCCGGUCCUCCAAGCUACUCACUUUUUCAUAAAGCCUCCGAGGUGAAGAACUCUCCGAUCUGCUACACAAAAUCCUCUUUCAAUUUCACCAAAUCAUCUUCUCCCCUUUCGAUGUCGAUUUUUGAGUACAAUGGAAGCGCCCUGGUGGCCAUGGUCGGAAAAAAUUGCUUUGCUAUCGCCAGUGAUAGGAGACUAGGGGUCCAGCUUCAAACUAUCGCAACUGAUUUCCAAAGAAUUUUCAAGAUCCAUGAUAAGCUCUUUCUGGGUCUCUCCGGUCUUGGCUCUGAUGCUCAAACACUUCAUCAGCGACUUGUGUUUCGCCACAAACUGUAUCAACUUCGGGAAGAAAGAGAUAUGAAGCCUGAAACUUUUGCUAGUCUUGUCUCUGCUGUUCUGUAUGAGAAAAGGUUUGGUCCUUAUUUCUGUCAACCUGUGAUUGCUGGAUUGGGAGAUGAUGACAAGCCAUUUAUUUGCACAAUGGACUCAAUUGGAGCAAAAGAGCUUGCAAAAGAUUUUGUGGUGGCUGGAACUGCUUCAGAGUCUCUUUAUGGUGCUUGUGAGUCAAUGUUCAAGCCUGACAUGGAACAUGAAGAGCUGUUUGAGACCAUCUCCCAAGCUCUUUUAUCAUCUGUAGACCGUGAUUGUUUGAGUGGUUGGGGAGGACAUGUGUACCUUGUUACACCAACUGAAGUGACUGAAAGGAUCUUGAAAGGAAGAAUGGAUUAGAGUUUUCUUUAUCAAAAAAAUCCUAUUUAGCCCUUGAACUUUUUGGAUUUCAAUUGUAUUUGGUGGCUUAUUUUAAAA